AGUGAGGCCUACUCUUGUUUUUGUUCUGUGCCAGCGCAACUUCCCGAUUUCGAUUCUUAGCCUCGGCCUCCUUUUGCCCCCCUUUAAGCGACGAUUCUCUUCUGCUUCUCUCCCGGCUCCUUUUACUUGAAGCUGUACAAAGACUGCAGAAAUAAGUGUCUAGCCUCCAUCUGUUGGCUAAUUGCGGAGUUUGCUUCCUCUUCUUCUUCAGCGUUGUGUUGAGGAUAUGAACAAGAUUGAUGAAGAAGGGGUUAAGUGGAUGACUGGGAGGACAAACUUCAUGAAAUAGAGGCCAUUGUGUGUUUAAAUGUGUAAUUGCUGAUUCCAUUCAAUAAAUUCAGUGGUUGUAUUUUUUCACCAUAUUGUCUUUCUUCUUUCUUAUAUGUAUACAUCUUCUUGUCCGAUUAUUAUUGUAUUCCAAAAUUAUGUUUUUCAUGUGGUUAUUUCAUCACUAGUUGCAUUGCUUUUGCAUUUCACAUUCGGCAAAAAUUCAGGAUGAUCACCAUGUUACAUCAAUCUUAGAAGACCAUGAGAGAAUAUGCUGGGGCUGUGGAUUACGCCUCCUUCUUGCAACUUAUUCACCUGUUUUCAAAUGUGGAUGGUGUGGAGCCAUAACGACCCAAAUCCGAGCAAGGAAACCCGAUAGUGUAUGCUUUUCCCGAUGGCGAUGUUUUCGAGACCAAUUUUUUGUUGUUCUUCUUCUUCUAUUCAUGUCCUUUGUCAUAUGUGCAGGUGUUUGGGCUGUAUACCCAACUAUCUUCUCCAUCAGCUAUUUCUGUGGAGUUUUUCACUCAACUAUAACAGCCAUUUUAUCUUUCAUUACAAUCUCUAGCUUCUGCAUGGCUGCAUUUAAGUCUGCUGGUGCACCAGUAACUGUAACAUGGGGCAGCUAUCCAGUGGUGGGAAAGAAUGAUCUUGAAAAUUACACAUUCUGCACGUACUGUGAGAAACCCAAGCCACCAAGAGCGCAUCAUUGUAGGUCUUGUAGAAUGUGUGUAUUGGACAUGGAUCAUCAUUGUCCCUUUAUAGGCAAUUGUGUUGGUGCAGCAAAUCAUCGGCAUUUCAUCAUCUUCCUCAUUUCUGUAGUUAUCAGUUGCUUCUAUGUUGUUACGAUGAGCUCCUAUACUGCAUUUCAAAUUUGGCCUCCUCAGCUUGGAAGUUCAGCAUCAACUGAUACUUCAGCUGUUUCAAGAGUGGUAAAGCAGAUCAUCACCGGCAUAGCAAGCUCAGUUUUAUUGUUAUCAGUAAGAGGCCUUGUGUUAUUGUACCUAGCCUUUGCUUGUCUAUCUGCAGAUAUUGGUAUAGCCGUAUUGUUAUGGCAGCAGCUAUAUUAUAUUUAUGAAGGCAAAACGUAUAUUACCCACAUAAGUUCACAGAACACUGGCAAUGGAGGUUGCCAAAAUAUCCUGCGUUUCUUCAGCUGCCCACAUUGGGCCUUCAAAAUUUUCCAGAUUCCAGCAAAUUCUGCAAAGUUGCAGGAAUCCAGCUCCAAGGUCUUAUAAAAUAAAUGAGGUUUUAUAGGCUUCGUUUGGGACAACUUUCUUACAGUUUUCUAAAAUAGUUUUUUAGUGAAAAUUGUUUUAAGAAACAAUAGAAAGCUGUUCCAAAUGAAGCUUAAAUUAUCUAAAUUAAUGUAUGAUGCCUUGUUAAACAUGACAUUUUUUACAUGAUAUGAUGAGCUCAUUCAGAGUUCAAUUUAUAUGAGAUGGUAGGAAGAAGAGGUUUAUCACUUCCCAUCGUGAGAUUGUAAUUAUUUACAGAAGUUUAAUGAAGUUAGAAUGGUCUUCCCUAUA